AUGUUUCCCAAAGUGGGGCUACACACAGACUUGGAUGUGGGCGGCAGGAACAUCAAAUACGUCCUGGCGGGAGAGGGCGCCGGCACCAUCUUUGCCAUCAAUGAGCUGACGGGCGAUAUCCACGCCAUGAAGAGGCUGGACCGGGAGGAGAAAGCCGAGUACACGCUCACAGCUCAGGUGGUCAACGCCGACACGGACGAGCCCCUGGAGCCGCCGUCGGGUUUCAUCAUCAAAGUACAGGACAUAAACGACAAUCCUCCGCAGUUCAUCGAAGGCCCGUACCGCGCCUCUGUGCCUGAGAUGUCUGCAGUCGGAACUCCGGUUACCCAGGUGACGGCCACUGACGCAGACGACUCGGGCUACGGCAACAGCGCCAAACUGGUCUACAGCAUUCUGGAAGGCCAACCGUACUUCUCUGUGGACCCCAACUCCGCGACCAUAAAGAUUGCCCUCCACGAGAUGGACCGGGAGAUGAGGGAGGAGUACCUCGUGGUGAUCCAGGCCAAGGAUAUGGGAGGACACAUGGGCGGCCUGUCCGGGACCACCACCGUCACCGUCACCCUAACCGACAUCAAUGACAACCCACCAAAGUUCUCCAAAAGUUUGUAUGAGUUUGUGAUUCCUGAAGACCUGCCGCUGGGGAAGAUGGGAGGCAAAGUGAAAGCCAACGACAGAGACAUCGGAGAAAACGCUAAGUCCACCUACAAUAUCAUAGAAGGGGACGGUCUGGGACUAUUCGAGAUCGCCACAGACGGACAGUCGCAAGAGGGGAUUCUACGGCUUAGAAAGCCUUUGGAUUACGAGACCAGACACGCCUACACUCUGAAAGUCGAGGCCUCAAACGUCCGUCCCGCUCCGAACGGGGACAUGCCGUACAAAGACACAGCCACAGUGAAGAUCGUGGUGGUGGAUACGGACGAGCCCCCGGUGUUCUCCAAACCCAUGUACCGACUGGAGGUCAAUGAGAACGCACCCAUCAACACGGUGAUCGGCUCCGUCACCGCCAGAGACCCCGACUCCUCUGCAAGUUCUGUCAGAUACUUCAUCGACCGACACACAGACCUGGAGCGCCAGUUCAACAUCAACGUAGACGAUGGAAAGAUCACGCUGGCCAAACCUUUGGACCGUGAAACCGAUAUGUGGCACAACAUCACAGUCACUGCAACCGAAGUCAAAAACCACAGUCAGAUCUCCAGAGCAAUUGUGGCCAUCAGAGUCAUGGACAUCAACGACAACGCUCCCGAAUUCGCCACAGAAUACGAAGCCUUCCUGUGCGAAAACGGAAAACCCGGACAGGUGAUCCAGACCCUCAGCGCGGUCGACAAAGAUGAUCCCAUCCAAGGCCACUACUUUGACUACCGACUUGUUCCCGAAAUGCUCAACAAUCCCAAUUUCACUAUCAAAAAUAACCAAGACAAUUCAAUCAGCGUUCUCGCCAAGCAUGACACCUUCCGACGGCAAAAGCAGGAGAUGUACUUUUUGCCAAUCAUCGUCACCGACAAUGGGCACCCGCCAAUGAGCAGCACCAACACGCUAACCAUAAGAGUCUGUGGCUGCAGCAAAGAUGGAGAGGUCCAGUCCUGCAAUGUGGAGGCCUACGUUCUGCCCAUUGGCCUCAGCAUGGGGGCUCUGAUCGCCAUCCUGGCCUGCAUAACACUACUACUAGUAAUAGUGGUGCUUUUUGUGACCCUGAGGAGACAUAAGAACGAGCCUUUGAUAAUCAAAGAUGACGAGGAUGUGAGGGAGAACAUCAUCCGCUACGACGAUGAAGGUGGCGGCGAGGAGGACACCGAAGCUUUUGACAUAGCCACUCUGCAAAACCCGGACGGAAUCAACGGGUACCUUCCGCGCAAAGACAUCAAACCAGACCUGCAGUUCAUGCCCAGGGCGGGACAGCACUCGGGCCCAAACGGCGUUGAUGUGGACGAGUUCAUAAACGUCCGACUUCACGAAGCAGACAAUGACCCCACGGCGCCGCCUUACGACUCCAUCCAGAUCUACGGUUACGAAGGCAAAGGGUCCAUCGCCGGAUCGCUAAGCUCUUUGGAAACAGCCUCGUCGGACUCAGACCAAAACUAUGACUAUCUGAGGGAGUGGGGUCCGAGGUUUCGAAGACUUGGAGAGCUGUAUUCCGUUGGGGAAAGCGACCGUGAGACCUGA